CCCCCCCUCCGCCACUGCUGCUGCUGCUGACAAGAUGGCGGCGGCGGCGGGGCCCGCGGGUCCGGCCGGGCCCGAGAGCCGGGUGCUGGGCUACACCCUGCACCGCUGGAGCAGCUUCUCCUCCACCUACCUGCCCGAGAACAUUUUAGUGGACAAGCCUAAUGAUCAGUCUUCAAGGUGGUCUUCAGAAAGCAACUACCCUCCCCAGUAUUUGAUUCUGAAACUCGAAAGACCUGCCAUAGUCCAAAGUAUCACCUUUGGCAAAUAUGAGAAGACUCAUGUCUGCAAUUUAAAGAAGUUUAAAGUGUUUGGUGGGAUGAAUGAAGAAAACAUGACAGACCUUUUAUCCAGUGGCUUAAAGAAUGAUUAUAACAAAGAAACAUUCACCUUGAAGCAUAAAAUUGAUGAACAGAUGUUCCCCUGUCGAUUCAUUAAGAUAGUUCCACUGUUAUCAUGGGGGCCCAGCUUCAAUUUUAGUAUCUGGUAUGUUGAACUUAAUGGCAUUGAUGAUCCAGAUGUGGUCCAACCCUGCCUCAACUGGUACAGCAAGUACCGUGAACAGGAAGCCAUUCGUCUAUGUCUAAAGCAUUUUCGCCAGCACAACUACACUGAGGCUUUUGAAUCACUGCAGAAGAAAACCAAGAUUGCGCUAGAGCACCCAAUGUUGACAGAUCUGCAUGACAAACUAGUGCUGAAAGGAGACUUUGAUGCUUGUGAAGAAUUGAUAGAAAAAGCUGUAAAUGAUGGCUUGUUCAAUCAGUACAUCAGUCAGCAGGAAUACAAACCGCGUUGGGGUCAGAUUAUCCCCAAAAGUACCAAAGGUGAUGGAGAGGACAGCAGACCAGGAAUGAGAGGAGGCCAUCAGAUGGUCAUUGAUGUACAGACAGAAACUGUUUAUUUGUUUGGUGGCUGGGAUGGGACUCAGGAUCUGGCUGACUUCUGGGCAUACAGUGUGAAGGAAAACCAGUGGACCUGUAUAUCUAGAGAUACUGAAAAAGAGAAUGGUCCUAGUGCCAGAUCUUGUCACAAGAUGUGCAUCGAUAUUCAGCGAAGGCAAAUCUACACACUGGGCCGUUACCUGGAUUCCUCCGUGAGGAACAGUAAAUCUCUGAAAAGCGAUUUCUACCGUUAUGACAUUGACACGAACACAUGGAUGUUGCUAAGUGAAGACACUGCAGCAGAUGGAGGUCCCAAGCUGGUGUUCGAUCAUCAGAUGUGUAUGGAUUCAGAAAAACACAUGAUCUAUACGUUUGGAGGUAGGAUUUUGACAUGUAAUGGCAGUGUAGAUGACAGCAGAGCCAGUGAACCUCAAUUUAGUGGAUUGUUUGCUUUUGACUGUCAAUGUCAGACAUGGAAACUGUUGCGAGAAGAUUCGUGUAAUGCUGGACCUGAGGACAUCCAAUCCAGAAUAGGACACUGCAUGUUGUUCCAUUCGAAAAAUCGCUGUUUAUAUGUAUUUGGUGGGCAGAGAUCGAAGACUUAUUUGAAUGAUUUCUUCAGCUAUGAUGUUGACAGUGAUCACGUGGAUAUCAUAUCAGAUGGCACCAAGAAAGAUUCAGGGAUGGUUCCUAUGACAGGUUUCACUCAGAGAGCCACCAUUGAUCCGGAACUGAACGAAAUACAUGUGUUGUCUGGGCUCAGUAAAGACAAAGAGAAACGGGAAGAGAAUGUUAGGAACUCUUUCUGGAUUUAUGACAUUGUGAGGAACAGUUGGUCUUGUGUCUAUAAGAACGAUCAAGCAGCAAAAGAUAAUCCAAGUAAAAGCCUUCAGGAGGAGGAGCCCUGCCCGAGGUUUGCCCAUCAGCUGGUGUAUGAUGAGUUGCACAAGGUUCAUUAUUUGUUUGGAGGAAAUCCUGGGAAAUCCUGCUCUCCAAAGAUGAGGCUGGAUGACUUCUGGUCACUGAAGCUCUGUCGGCCUUCGAAGGAAUACCUGUUGAGACACUGCAAAUACCUCAUAAGAAAGCACAGGUUUGAAGAAAAGGCCCAAACUGACCCACUCGGUGCACUGAAAUACUUACAGAAUGACUUGUAUGUAACUGUGGAUCAUUCUGACCCUGAGGAGACAAAAGAGUUUCAGCUUCUUGCUUCAGCACUGUUCAAGUCUGGUUCAGAUUUCACCACUCUGGGAUUUUCGGAUGUUGACCAUACCUAUGCGCAAAGAACUCAGCUCUUUGAUACGUUAGUAAAUUUCUUUCCUGACAACAUGACUCCUCCUAAAGGCAACCUGGUAGACCUCAUCACACUGUGACAGAAAAAUCACUGGACAUGUGAAAGAAGAAAAAAGCAUCCAUUUUCAGUAUUUUAAUUUUUUUUUACUGCAUUGAUUGACUGCUGGGUGCAGUAAUAUAGUGACCCCUGGGUCUUUGAAUGGGGCUUUAUACUUGUAUAAUGAAUACCUGAGGUUUUUCCCCUUGUUGAAUUAGGCUAAUAAAAUGUAACUGACAUAAAUAUAUAUAUAUAUAUAU